CGCGAUCAAGCCAAUCUCUGCGGUCCGGAUGUACGGCUAUAUGAAAGCGUGGAUGCUGCAGCACAUCAUCAGCGGCCUUUCCUAUCAGUGGAUCGUCCCCAAAGGAGCCACGACAGCGCGGGCCCGCUCUCUUCUCUCCUCUUCAAUCAAGUGCGCGUUGAGCUCUGCCUGUUACCUGCAGACCGAUGACAGCUGCGAAAGACGGGGUCGUGAUGCUCCAAGUUCGUGAAAGUCCCUUUGAGCAAGCAUGCGCAACUCAU